AUGACACAUCGAAGCGAAUACAGAGACAAUUACCCGCCUCAUCUCCACAGGCAUCAUUCUCCAACAUACUCAGACUACACCAGCGACCGGCCGGACUACAGCCCGACAAGGGACGCUGGCGCAGUGCGUGUCGCCCAAAGGCACUACGAAUACCCUGAUCGCAGCGGGCAGAUCGAAGUCUAUGAGACCGGCAGACACCGACCUCAUGAGUAUUAUUAUGAUGAGAAGCCACCGCAUUCCCGACCGAGAUCACGAGACUAUGAGCACGAUCGCGGACAUAGACACCACCAUCACCAUCAUCACAGCAGUCGCAGCAAAAGAAGACACUCGAGUUCAGGCCCGAACUGGAGUCAGGCCGCCAUCGCUGCAGCUAGCGCCGGUAUCAUCGAGGCCGGAUUGUCGAGAAAGGACAAGGAUCGCACUGCCAGAGUGAUGACGGCUGCAGCAGGUGCUGGAGCUAUUGACGCUGUCGCUGGGAAGAAGAACGAGAAGACACACAAGAGUUGGGAACACAUCGUGGGAAGCACUGUCGGCGGGUUAGUUGUUGACCGUGUCGCGCAUGGAUCUGGACGACGAUAG